AUGAUGAGCAAGAGCAAGAGAAUCGUAUCAUGGGCCAUGCGUCUCUUCCCCACAGGCGACGGGAACGGAACGAGCGGGCGGGGCGCGGGCAUGUUCAGCUGGCCGUGGCCCAUGGCGCGAGGCAAGGCAAGGCAAGGGGAUGAGGCCGCUCGUUCGUUCGCUCGCCUCCAUCAGCUCGGUGAGAGACGAGAACUUGUUCCGUUUGCUCUUGGAGGGGGGAGCAAUUCCAGCCGCGCGGAACCCCCCAAGGUUGGGCGAAUGGGCGAUGCGAGGGCCGAUGCAUAUACGGGUAUGCGACCCAACGACCAACGACCAACGAUGGACGGGAAGAUGCAGCCGCGGAUCGGGAGGCGGAAGCGUAGAAGUGGAUUCGCUCCGUUUGCUCGUCUGCCUGGAAUUGCAGGGCGAUGA